CUUAUGAAAAAAGUGGAAAAACGUUUCGUUUUGUUUGCCGAGGUCGGAAAGUGAGUCGCGCGAGCGGGUAGAUUCAAACGUCGAGAGGAACGUCGGCUCUUCAUUUUCCGUUCCCAUUAGUAAUUGCGGCGGAUCGAUCCCAUCGGGGUGCAGUCCCGCGGUUACCGGCGUGCCAGCCAGCGGCAAUCGGCGGUCGACGGCAUCGGAGACGAAACGCAGGCAGUCACGGGCGGUCGGGAGUCGGUGUGGCAGUGCUCGAAAAGACGGCAGCAGUGGCCACCGCCGAUAUGGAUUUUAUCUCGGAGCCGAAACUGGGUCACGGCGGAGCCGUCAGUGCGCAAGCUUCGGUUAUCGAUUAAAGCGUUAACUCCCGAAUCUGGAGGUUGGAUCUCAUUUAUGCGUCCGCGAGCGUAGCGUCUGCAUAAGCGUCCGCGGAGGGUUCGAUUCUCGCUGUGGUGCGCUGCGCGACGAGUAUGGUCGGCGGUCCUCGGUGCGACGAGCGCUGGUGAGCUCGGCUCGUCCCGUCUCGUCUCCUCGGUCAAUCGGCCAUUUUGCUCGGUUUUCCUAGUCGAUCGGGCCGCGGUUAGGGGGACCCUCGCGCUCCGGGCACUCCCACGGCAAACGGCGCUCGGCAGGGGCAGCUCGGUGUCGGCCGCGACGACCCUCGGUAGCCCCCGGACGGCCGGACGCGCCCGCCGUCGAUUGCCGUCGAUUGCCGCGCGACAGCGGGGACGGGGACGGCGAGAGGGAGAGGCGAUCCUGGUUCCUGCGGCAGUGACCACCAGCGACCGACUCCGAAACCAUGGCGGGCAACGUGGGUAUGGAACAGUUGAUUCCCAUCGUGAACAAGCUCCAGGAUGCCUUCACGCAGCUCGGGGUCCACAUGCAGUUGGACCUUCCGCAGAUCGCUGUCGUGGGCGGUCAGAGCGCAGGGAAGAGUUCCGUGCUCGAGAACUUCGUCGGCAAGGACUUCCUGCCUAGAGGGUCAGGAAUCGUAACAAGAAGACCCCUUAUUUUACAACUGAUUAACAGCACUACUGAAUUUGCUGAGUUUUUGCAUUGUAAAGGGAAAAAGUUUGUGGAUUUCGAUGAGGUGCGCAGGGAAAUUGAAGCUGAAACAGAUCGUGUUACUGGUAGUAAUAAGGGCAUUUCAAACAUACCCAUCAAUCUUAGAGUGUACUCUCCCAAUGUUCUCAAUUUGACCUUGAUCGACUUACCGGGUCUUACUAAAGUUCCAAUUGGCGAUCAACCUGCAGACAUAGAGGCUCAGAUAAAGGGAAUGAUAUUCCAGUUUAUCAAAAGAGAAAACUGUCUAAUUUUGGCAGUAACUCCAGCAAAUACUGACCUGGCUAAUAGCGAUGCUCUUAAACUUGCCAAGGAAGUUGACCCGCAGGGUGUGCGCACAAUUGGUGUCAUCACUAAGCUGGAUCUUAUGGAUGAUGGCACUGAUGCAAGAGACAUUUUGGAAAAUAAACUGCUGCCUUUGCGCAGAGGUUACAUAGGUGUAGUUAAUAGAAGCCAGAAAGAUAUUGAAGGACGCAAAGAUAUUAAAAAUGCCUUGGCAGCGGAACGAAAAUUCUUCCUCAGCCAUCCAUCUUAUAGACAUUUAGCCGAAAGGUUGGGUACACCUUAUCUGCAACGUGUUCUUAAUCAACAACUGACCAACCACAUCAGGGAUACUUUACCUUCUCUUCGAGAUCGGCUACAAAAACAACAGCUUACUUUAGAAAAAGAUGUGGAACAAUAUAAACAUUUUAGGCCCGACGAUCCUGCAAUUAAAACGAAGGCGAUGUUACAGAUGAUACAACAACUUCAAUCAGACUUUGAAAGAACGAUCGAAGGUUCGGGUUCGGCACAAAUUAAUACUAUGGAGCUCAGCGGAGGUGCUAAGAUAAACAGAUUAUUCCAUGAACGUUUCCCCUUCGAAAUUGUAAAAAUGGAAUUUGACGAGAAAGAGCUAAGGAAAGAAAUUGCAUUUGCUAUUAGAAACAUUCAUGGUAUCAGGGUUGGUUUGUUUACUCCGGACAUGGCCUUUGAAGCUAUCGUUAAAAAGCAAAUAAAUAGGCUUAAAGAGCCCAGUUUGAAGUGUGUUGACCUAGUCGUACAGGAACUUAGCAAUGUCGUUCGCAUUUGUACAGAUCGGAUGGCUCGAUAUCCCAGGUUAAGGGAAGAAACGGAACGAAUUAUAACCACGCAUAUAAGGCAACGUGAACAGCUCUGCAAGGAGCAGUUAGUACUCUUGGUGGAUUGCGAAUUGGCGUACAUGAAUACCAAUCACGAGGACUUCAUCGGUUUUGCUAACGCGGCAUCCAGUUACCAUAAUGCAAGUGCCCAACAGUCCUCGGAGAAUGCUGUUAAAACUGGCCGGCACACUCUUGGCAAUCAAGUGAUUCGCAAGGGGUACAUGUGCAUACACAAUUUGGGAAUUAUGAAGGGUGGUUCCAAAGAUUAUUGGUUCGUCUUAACCUCGGAAAGCAUCUCGUGGUUCAAGGAUGAAGAGGAACGGGAGAAGAAGUAUAUGUUGCCAUUGGACGGACUGAAGCUUCGUGAUUUGGAACAAGGUUUCAUGUCCCGACGUCACUUGUUUGCCCUUUUCAAUCCUGAUGGCAGGAACGUAUACAAAGACUACAAACAACUCGAGUUGAGUUGCGAGACCCAGGACGAUGUCGACUCGUGGAAGGCUUCCUUCCUUAGAGCCGGAGUUUAUCCUGAAAAAUCUACGGAGCAAGCCAAUGGCGAGGGAGAGGAUAAGCAGCGGGAAGGAUAUGAGGGAAGUGGAGAAGGUCAGUCAUCGAUGGAUCCUCAACUUGAACGCCAAGUGGAAACAAUUAGGAAUCUGGUUGACUCUUACAUGAAAAUUGUCACAAAGACUACGCGAGACCUUGUUCCAAAGACUAUUAUGCUUUUAAUCAUCAACAAUGCAAAAGAUUUUAUCAACGGAGAACUGUUGGCACACUUAUAUGCCAGUGGAGAUCAAGCAUCCAUGAUGGAAGAAUCUCCAGAGGAAGCACAGAAGCGAGAAGAAAUGCUGCGCAUGUAUCACGCCUGCAAAGAAGCUCUUCGUAUCAUUGGGGAUGUCUCGAUGGCAACAGUAUCGACACCGGUGCCUCCUCCAGUUAAGAACGAUUGGUUGGCAUCGGGUGAAAAUCCAAGAUUAUCCCCGCCAUCGCCUGGUGGUCCACGACGAGGGACAUCUCAGCCACCUCCACCUCCGGCAAACACUCGAAGUGUCCCACCAGUACCAGCUAUUGGUCGUCCAGCACCAGCUAUUCCUAAUCGGCCUGGGCCCGGAGCACCUCCACCAGCUCGUGGCACACCUGGCCUACCUCCUCCUCUAAUACCUUCGCGCCGACAAUAAGUCUUCGCACUAACAUCUAUUCGCUACUAAUCAGUAUAUCUGUUGCAUUUAGUGUCAUUAAACACUUAACGCAUAACGUGUUCCCACGAACUUGUACUCUGUGUCUCCAUGUACUAUGAAUCGCGCGAAUAAUAUUAACGGGGGUGUGCAAUUUGCCUGUGGAGCGACAUAGAGCGACCGUUGUCUACGGUUUCGGUACUUUAAGGAAAUCACUUAUGAAACCUGACACAUAGCAUGCCAUCGAUUGUUUAUGACAUUACACCUCCCACUACACGUUCUCAGAAAUAACGAAUAAAAAAUAAGAUUCCAAUUGGUCGACCGAGCUUGUUUUGGAAUAUUGCCUACAUUAGUAUGGAUUCUUAUUUUUAAUUUGUUAUUUAUCGGCUUGGAUAACGCGGUGGCAAGCGUACUUCAUGGUAUCUUUCGAGAGGACCAAUUGCCUUUGUUUCUUAUUUUUUUCUUGUAAUGUUAAAAACCGAAGUUCCAAUUAACACAUUCGCGACCGCUUACGUGAAUUCACGUCUUUUCAAAUAAUAUUCCUGGUUGCCGCUGACGUGAAUUCACGUCGUUUUAAAUUCUAUUCCUGAUUGCCGCUGACGUGAAUCACGUCCCGCUUAGUUGGCUCACUAAUCGUUAGGCGGCGCGGCGGUUGCGGCAAACCGCCUAAGUUAUGAUUUGAAAUACACUAAAAGGACGCAGCCGCUGACGUGAAUUCACGUCAUUUUAAAUUCUAUUCCUGAUUGCCGCUGACGUGAAUCACGUCCCGCUUAGUUGGCUCACUAAUCGUUAGGUGGCGCGGCGGUUGCGGCAAACCGCCUAAGUUAUGAUUUGAAAUACACUAAAAGGACGCAGCCAUUGAGCAACUCAGCCAAAUAAGACGUAAUAUUGUUGACUCCACUUGUCUCAGUUGCAAAUUUGGAUUUUGGGAGCGAAUGAAAACAAAGGCAAGGAACAAUGAUCAAGACUUUCCUCGACUUUUCACGAAUCAUUUCGCAUGAACGGUCGAAUGUCAAAAUCUAAUGUGAGGUAGCCAAGACGUUGCUCAAAAUGCUGUCUAUUGGCUCACUGAGAGAGUACUUGCUGAAAGCGUCUAUUAUCACAUGUAUGUGUUCGAAUAGGAGAAAGAUAUAUUAAGUUGUACAAUUCCAUUAUUGACGUUGUUUAAUUUAGGUUGCAUUUUAAUAUUUCAGUGCUUUCAUACUGGAUUUGUUAGUUUUAUCAAAUAUAUCUGUCCCAUAUACAUAAUAAUCUUGAAAAAAUUUACCGUUUUAAUGGAAAAUGAAGAAAUACGUGCUGACGAGAUUUCCGAGAUUGAAUCCACGGAACUUCAUAGUGAUAACGAGACGGACAGCGAUAUAGUAACGCAAUUUACGCGGAGGUGUGUAAAACUCAGAUAAUAUAUGACAGCUAAUCCAGCGACAGUAAUUAUCAAACAGAUAAUCAGUGCACAAAAUAUGAUCCAAAAAGAAACGUUGAAAUGUUUACCGGUAAUUCAGGUGUCAAGCUACAUCCAAAUAACCCUCAAAGUAUAAAUGAAAUUGUCGAACUAGUUAUUGAUGAUGAUUUUAUAGAAAUGGUCACAAUUGAAACUAACAGAUAUUAUGAUCAGAUGCACCGGAGGUAUAAAUGUGUAAGGAAAACAAAAGAGUGGUGCAAUACUACAGUUUCCGAGAUGAAAUAAUUUUUUGCAGUAAAUAUUUUGAUGGGACAAGUAUAGAAAACUAAAAUACAUGAUUAUUGGUCAACACGUCCGUCAAUCGCGACACCUUUUUUUUUUUUUUUAAUAAUGACAAGGCAUAGAUUCCUUCGAAUUUUGCGCUUUCCCCACUUUUCCAAUAAUGCAGAAAUGACGUCAAAUCCAAGCAGGUUAUGAAAAAAAAUUCAACCCGUAAUAAAUUAUCGUAUAAAUAAAUUUAGCACUGUAUACAAGCCAUAGGGGGCUUUCUUUAGAUGAAGCUAUGAUACCAUAUCGUGGAAGAUUGUCCUUUAGAGUUUAUAAUUUGAGCAAAAUAACAAAGUACGGAAUACUAGUCAGAAUGUUGUCUGAGGCAAGUACUGGAUACGUCUGUAACUUUCAGCUGUAUUGUGGAAAAGGAAAGACUUUAGAAAAAAACUAUUUCACUUUUAAAUAAAAACAAAAACUUAUGGCACCAUGCAUACAUGGACAAUUAUUAUAAUAGCAUUACAUUAGCUGAAAGCUUAUUGAUGAAGAAAAUUCGUAUUUGCGGUACCAUACGUAAGAAUAGGGGGUUUCUAAAGGAUCUAAAUGAUCUCAGAUUGAAAAUAGGUGAAUUAGAUUUUCGGCGUAAAGGUGAGGUACUAGUUCUCAAAUGGAAAGAUAAUCGGGAUGUCCGAAUGAUAUCUACCAUACACAAUACCGAUAUCGUUGAGACUGGGAAAAUAAAUAAAAAAAACUGGACAGCAAGUUCGUAAGCCUGAAUGCAUAAUGAAAUACAAUCCAACGUAUGAAAGGCGUUGACCAAGCUGAUCGGUAUCUUUCAUAUUAUUCAUUUUUGCGAUAAUCAAUCUAAUGGACAAAAAGAAGGUUU